CCAAAAGCCAAGAAACAGAAAACAAAGAGAUAUCGAAAAUUAAAUACAGUAGAGACACGAAGGAAAGGAUACGCCAUUAAUGGAGGUUGCUAAGGUGCUUCGCAUGAACGCCGGGAUGGGUGAAACCAGCUACGCUAUGAACUCCUUGCUUCAGCAAAAGGUGAUCCGGAUGACCAAGCCGAUCACCGAGGAGGCGAUUAGGAAAUUACUCUACACCACCUCCUCGACCUUCCCCGCAAAGCUAGCCAUAGCGGAUCUGGGCUGCUCCUCCGGGCCCAACUCCCUCCUCGUGGUGUCCGAUCUCAUCAAGACCGUGGGCCGAAUAUGCGACGAGCAGGCCCACCGCGAGUACCCUGAAUUCCAGGUGUUUUUGAACGACCUCCCGGGGAACGACUUCAACACCAUCUUCAGCUCCUUACAUAGCUUCCAGGAACGGCUGAAUUACGAGUACUCCGUGUUCAUCAAUGGAGUUCCUGGCUCGUUUUUCGGCAGGCUUUUCCCCGCCGACAGCCUUCACUUCGUCCACUCGUCCUACAGCGUCCAUUGGCUGUCCCGGCUCCCUCGAGAAAUAGUGGAGGAGAACAAGGGCAACAUUUACAUGGCGAGGAGCAGCCCUGAAGGCGUCCUGGAGGCGUAUUACGGGCAGUUUCGGAGCGAUUUUCGAUCGUUCUUGAAGUGUCGAGCGGUGGAGCUGGUGGCCGGAGGGAGGAUGGUUCUGACGUUCAUUGGGAAGAGAAGUGGAGAGCGUUUGAGUGAAGAGUAUUGCUAUACCUGGGAACUGAUGUCUACGGCGCUCAACGAAAUGGCCUCUCAGGGAAUGAUAGAUCAAGAGAAGCUGGAUAGCUUCAACAUCCCAUUAUACACGCCGUCGCCGGCAGAGGUGGCGGCGGAAGUGAAAAAACAGGGAGCCUUCGCCAUCGACCGCCUGGAGGUUUCCGAAGUAAGUUGGGAUGCCUGCAGCGACGAACUGAUGAUCAGCGGCACCGGUGUAGGACACGCGAGAAACGGCGUCGUCGGGUACAACGUGGCGAAGUUCAUUAGGGCGGUGGCGGAGCCGCUGCUGGUCAGCCACUUCAAUGCCGGCGGGGAAGUCAUCGACGAGAUUUUCAGGAGGUACGCUGCCGUCGUGUCGGAGCGGAUGGCCAACGAGAAGACCAGAUAUGUUAACGUCACUGUCUCGCUCACUAAGACGGCCGUGAGCCCACUAGCUCAUGUUUAAAUGUUCGUCGGCCCAAUAGAACUUUUGUUUUUUGUUCGUCCUAUGGCCCAAUAUGACUCCACUGGCCCAUUAUGAAGGCUCUUUUUGUAUUUCAAAUCUCAUGUCUUGCAAGAUAGGACCACGUAUUUAUUGUCAUUCUCAAAGCAAGCC